GCGGACGCGACGGCGCAAGUAAAUAGCAACGAGACGCGAACGUUGCGCGCAGGCGCAGCCAACAAUCACGUACGUCGAUAAAGUGUGCUUUUUGAUAUUAUUUAGCGGCUGCUGCGUCUUUAAACUGCAUCAAAAAUUAGACGAAAUUGUGAAUACAAUUAACGAGAUCAAAACAAAAGAAAAAGAAAAAAACAAAUCAACGAGUUAAAAUAAAAUUUUUUAUGCCGGUUUUUUACUGACAAGUUUGCUACCACCGACAUAUACAGAAUAUAUAACUAGCAUGAAGGGCUGGUUCGACGCAUUUCGAGACGAUGGCGGUCCAACGCUUUAUUCAUUCUCAAAUCGCACACCCGUCACGGGCGAUGUGUCCAUUGUGGCUGUAUCUGUGCUGUUUGCCACAUUCUAUGUGGCAUUUCUUGUCAUAUUUCCGGGUGUACGUAAACAGAAGUUCACAACAUUCUCGACGGUCACACUUAGCCUCUUUGUGGGUCUAGUCAUACUGAUCACCCGCCUGGGCUCGGCGUGGCAUGUGGCACAUGCAACCAUCAUUGCACCAUACAAAGCUUUCUCACGCGAGAAGCUGCCCGCCCGCAUCGGCACCCACAUCGGCUUGAUGCACGUCAAUGUGACACUCACGGCCAUUCCCAUUGGCAACUGGACACCGCCGGAUAUUGAUUACAACGAACGCUUCUCAUGGGAGGGCGCCACCGAUAUGAGCGCCAACUAUCGGCUGGCUCUGCAGCGUGGCCUGCCCUUUCCCAUACUCACCGUGGCCGAGUAUUUUAGCUUGGGUCGCGAGGGUUUCUCCUGGGGUGGCCAGUAUCGCGCCGCGGGCUACUUUGCCAGCAUCAUGCUGUGGGCCUCGCUUGCCUCGUGGCUGCUGAUGAAUCUGCUGCUGUUGGCGGUGCCGCGCUAUGGCGCCUACCUCAAGGCACUAACCGGCGCGCUGCUCGUCUGCACCGCUGUGGGCUAUCAUUGCCUGUUGCCGCAACGGCCGUUGUGCAUAUUUCUGGAGGGCGGCCGCCUGGAGUUUCACUUUGGCUGGUGCUACUGGCUGGUCCUGGUUGCGGGCAUACUCUGCUUUAUUGCCGGCGUGCUGAUCUCGAUUAUUGAUCUGGUCUGGCCGCACACAUUCUCCACGGUGCUGGAGGUGUACUAUGGCACACCUUACGAUCGCCAUGUCAUCUUGGAGGAGUCGAGCGAUGUGCGCUAUCGCAAGCCGCGCAAUAGUCGCGGCCUCGAGGAUCCGCCGGGACUCGGUUCGCGCAUAUUGCGUCGCCUGAGCUCCAAGGCGCGCGAUAUGCAGCAUGCCACAGCGCCGCGACGCAACAGUCCCCCCGGCGUCUCCAGCAGCGGCGUCGAGAAUAAGGCAUUUCAGGGCGAUGCGCCCAAGAGUCCUUGGCGCCAUCCCUUUCGACGCGCCCAACAGCUGCCGCACAGCGCACAGCACCCGCACUCAUCGCACGCGUCGCUGCAUCAUGCCCAGCAGCCGCAUCAGCAUCAUCAUCAGCAGCAGCUGCAGUUUGUGGGCGGCGGUCCGGUGGUGACACAUCCCAUGCACCAUAUGCAGCGCACCCUGUCGCAGGACUCGGGCUCCAGCAUAGCCUCGGCUGCGGUGCAAAUUUCGCCGCUGCAUAAACAUGCGAUGGCGCGAAUGUUGCCUAAUCCGCCCGUGGAGCGCGUCCGCGACAUGGAUCACUGGUGAAGUCCAGUGGGAGCACACUGAAUAGCUCCUUGAACGAAUUCUUGACAAUUCAACAAACUUUUAUUGACAACAACAAAAACAAAACAAAAAAAUGCUACAAAACAAUUUGUGAUAAUUUCUUAAUUUAAAAGCAAAGAAAAGGAAACUUAAAAAUUGACAAGAUCGCAUAAUUUACCUGACGUACUUAUAAAAGAAAAUCAAAUGCACUUAACUUUAAUUAAAUUAUUUUAAAUAUAUAAGUUAAACAAAAUUUAAUUUGUAAACCUAUCGAUAAAUUUAUCUGAGACGUGAUGUUCACUUGUGAUAGGAUAAGAUAAAUCUGCCACACGACGGACACAGAAUGCGUGCAUUUUAGUUAUGUUAUUAUAAAUCAAUACGAUUCGGAUAAAUUCAAUUAUGUCUUAAAUGAAUUCCAUGCCAGUCUAUGUAACGAUUAGCUUAAAAACAAAGGCAAAACAACUAUUAUAAAAUGCGUGUAAACUAAGUUUUUAAGUUAUGACAAUGUUUUAAAAUAUAUCUAUAUGUAUAGCAGCAAAUGCAA